AUGAAACAAGAGUUUCUCCUUCAAUUUGCUGAGGAAGGAGGACAAGAGGAGAUAAUGGCAGCUGAUGCUAGAAGCAACACUGGAACUGAUCUCUAUACAACAGUGGAUUGUAAUUCAUCAUUCUCCGAAUUAGUGAAAUCAGGAGGUAAUACGACUAUUCCUCAACCCUUUGAAGAGUUGGUUCAUUUUAGUAGUGAUGAUUUCUCUUGUGUUAAAUCUGUUGAUGAUUAUGUCGUUUCAAUUAAUGAUGGUACUAUGGAAAGUUUUGAUGAACCAAAAGUACAAGGUGAUGAGGGCCUUGCAAUUACAACUGAUGCUAAUGGUGAAUUUAUGAUUGUUGAUGAGAAUAAUGUUGAUGCUAAGGAUGUUGAUUUGAAGAAUGUGUUUGAUGACUCUGUUAAGCUGAAUCUUGAUUGUGCUCAAUCUAAUGAUGAGUUUACUAUUUCAUUUGAUGGUAAGGAUAUGGGAGUUUUUGGCGAAGUGAUGCAUUCUUGUAUUGAUGUUGUCUAUGUGGAAAGGUUGGUUGAUAAAACUGUUUCGUUGAAGGAUGUGUUUGUUGAGUCAUGUGAUGAGAAGGUUGCGGAUGUGAAGCUUAGUAAUGAUAUUGUGGAUUCUCGAGAGAAUUGGGGUGAUGAUUUUCUGAAUAUUAAUGAAAUAGUAUGUUUUAGUGAUGAACACAUUCUGCUAAAAAACUUGAAUCGGAAAUGUGUGAUGUUGAAUGAUGCUCUUGAUGACACUAAAGGAUUUAGUAAAAAAGAUGAUCUAACGUAUUUGGCAUUUCAAGAUAAGAAACUUUUGUCUGUGGAGGAUGAACUUAAAACUAAAAGUGCUGAUAGAGGAUCUUUCUUAAUCAACAAUGGGGUACAUAUGAGUUUGUUUCCUUUUGAGCCAGGAGGAAAGCUAUAUCCUCUAUUUGAUAAAGUUGAGUAUUCUGCCCCUCAAAAUACUGUCGGUGAUGAUCCAAAUUAUUUAUUUGUGAUAAGUGGAUCAAUGAAUGUUAUUGAUGUCGGAGACAUUGAAUACCUGGGAAAUGUUUCAGUAACCUUGAUUCCUCUGUAUGGUAAGGUUCCUACACUGUUUGCAACUAGUCUUGGUGAACUCUUGAACCAGAAAUCAUGGGUGUCAGUAGCAACUAGGUUUCGACGUGAGACUGCGUUUAAAAAAUAUUUAAACAGGAAAUUCCUAGGGAAGGGAAUUAGAGGUUGGAAUACGAAAUCAUGGGUGAGAGUAGCAACAAUAUUUCAAGGUGAAACUAUAUUUGGAACUAAUGUCGAUGUUCAGUGUAAUGCUUCUAUGGGAUUUGUCUCGACUGUAAAUGUCACUGUUUGGGUGUAUGAUCCUGGAACCGGCACAAGUUAUUUAGCGGCAGUAAUAAAGGGAGACAGGGGGAAUGGUUUUAUGGAAAAAGGUGCCUUGUUUCGUAGCUGGUCCGAUAAGGACAGUGAGGAAGCCAAAAUGACAACUAUCAGUCUAGGCAGCUGA